AUGCCGGUGCUACACGAGCGUCCAGCAUCCGUCACUUGGGCGUUUGCGUCUCUGGCAGCGGAGCUUGCUGAGGAUGGCACAACUGCAGAGAAAGUGGAGAAAGACCAUGCCAGCACGUACCUGAUUGGGAAGCUGAACCGCGCGCGUCUUCGCACGAAAAUGAGAGGACUCCCUGCGGAUGACAACAUCGAGGAGCACAAGUUGGCAUUGAAAGAAUACGAAGAGAUCCUCCAGUACGGCGACCGAAAUCCGGAGGUGGUUGAUGCCGACGUGAACAUGUCCAUGGAGCUGAAGCUCUGUGCCGAGAUGGUGGGCCUGCUUCCAACUAAGCUUGCGCGCCUGGCAAAGCGGCGGAGCCGAUGA